AUGCCCAUCCCGUUCAUCUUCUACGUCAUCGAGCACGGCCCGCCCGACUGGCUCCGCGACAACCGCUGGGCCAUCUUCUACACGACGCUGACGCUCACCGUCCUCUACACGCUCAAGCGCUGGACGGCCGGCCGGUCCAACACCUCGGAGCGCCCGCUGCAUGGCAAGGUGGUGAUAUUCACGGGCGGCACCUCGGGCGUCGGGGCGCAGGCCGCGCAGGAGCUCGCCGCCCGGGGCGCCCAGCUCGUCCUCCUCACGCACUCGCCCGCGUCGGACCCCUUCCUCGUCGAGUACAUACAGGACCUGCGCGACAAGACGGGCAACCAGUUGGUCUACGCCGAGCAGGUGGACCUCUCGAGCCUGCAUAGCAUCCGCAAGUUUGCGACGAAGUGGAUCGACAAUGCGCCGCCGCGACGCCUCGACAUGAUUGUGCUCUGCGCGGCGACGCUGACGCCCCCGGGGGGCAGGCGGCGGGAGACGGAGGAGGGCAUCGAGGAGACGUGGAUGGUCAACUUCCUGGCGAAUUUCCACCUGCUGGGCAUACUGAGCCCGGCCAUCAAGGCGCAGCAGUUUGACCGCGACGUGCGCAUCAUCGUCGCCACGUGCUCCUCGUACAUCGGCUCGCCGUCGCUCAAGGAGGCCCUCAGCAAGAGCACCUGGUCCCCCGGCAAGGCCUACGCGCGGAGCAAGAUGGCGCUCAACGUCUUCGGCCAGGCCUUCCAGAAGCACCUCGACUCGUACAAGCGGCCCGACCAGCUGCCCAUGAACGCGCGCGUCAUCAUGGUCGACCCGGGCCUGAGCCGCACGCCCGGCACCCGGCGCUGGCUCACCCGCGGCUCGCUCGCCGGCCUCGCCCUCUACCUCGUCGGCUACCUGGUGCCGUGGUUCCUGCUCAAGUCGCCGUACCAGGCCGCGCAGUCGAUCCUCUACGCCGCCAUGGACGGCGAGCUGGGCCGCGGCCCCGGCGGCAAGCUCGUCAAGGAGUGCAUGGAGGUGGACUAUGCGCGCGCCGAGGUCAGGGACGACGAGGUCGCCAAGACGCUGUGGCAGGAGAGCGACGCGCUCAUCGAGCGCGUGGAAAAGGCGCAGGCGAAGAAGCGCGCCGUUCAAAAGGCGGAAAAGGACAAGCAAGAGCAGGAGGACGAGGAGCGUCGCAAGGCCGAGGAGCUGGGCGGGCUCGUCGACGCCAUUAAAAAGGGCAAAGAGAGGGAAAAGCAGGCCAAGAAACAAAAGGGCGCCACGAAGACGAAGGCCAAAGGCGGCAAAGCAGCCUCAUCACCGUCACCAUCAUCAUAG